GCUCCGAGGAUGGGAUGGGGCAGCCCAGAGCCCGACUGGCAGCUGUGUGGUGCCCAGUGUCACCAGCACCUAUAGACGGAUCCCGGACUCCACUUGUGGGUGCUCAUCAGAUUCUUGGAAGGAGGAUGGCGAGCCAAGGGGUGUAGGGUGGCAGGUGCCCAUUCUCAAAUUGGCCUCUCGGGACUCAGGAGUGGAGAUGGCAGUUGGGGACAGUCUCUUGGCCAGCUCACUGGGCCUUUCUCAGGACUCUCUGGACUUGGAGCCCACAGGGUGCCCCGAAUCCCCAGCCACAGAGUCUUCCACCCACCUGGGGCGGCUCCGGGCCAGCCGAAAGCUAGAGCAGGUGUUGGAGCGGUCCCGCCGGCUCCCAACUUCUCCUGUCAGCUUGCGACGACACAGCUGUUCCUCAAAGCUGUCAAACGAGCUUGUGAGUGGUGAGAAGCACCUUUGUGGAGCCGGGGAACAAGAGGCCAAUGAUGCGGGCCUGGAAGAAGCAGAGGUGGUGGGGGGCGUGGGGCCUGAGGCUUGGGCCCACCUCCCAGGGCAGGGUCUUCGCUACUUAGAGCACCUGUGCCUGGUAUUGGAGCAGAUGGCGAGGCUCCAGCAACUCUGCUUGCAGCUGCAGACCCGGAGGCUCCUGGAGAAUCCUGCAGAGGAGGUGGGUCCGUCUCCCCCUUCUCAUGACCCCGGCAGUGAGGUGCGUGGACCUUGGGAGCAGCUCAGUCAGACAGAGGAGACAGGGGCAAAAGCAGCUUCACCGCCACAGGUGGGGGUGCCCAGGGCCAACUCUCCCAGGCUGUCAGAGGCCCCAGCAGAGCCAGCUCACACCUUUUCAUCCUCCCAGGGACACAAGCUGGAUCUCUCCUACUGGAACAAGGUCAAGGUCCUGCUCAGCCGGAUCCGCUGGAGGAAUCGAGAACACGCUGCGCCCCCUACCGAUCCUGAUGACCUUGCCCCCAGGGCUGAGCCAAAGGACCUUCCUGAAAGGCCUCUGUUGCGCUCCCACCGGAAGACUUUUAUGCCAUCAUUGGCAGUUAAGAAGCAAAGCAAAAAACCUUUCUGUGUGCUGACAUCUCCUGGUGCAAGGACAAGACCAUGGGGUGCCCAGUGAAGUUGUCCUCUCCCUUUUCUCUGUCGCUGCUUCUGGACACUGCCAGGAAAGCUGCUGAUGCUCGCCCCUGUCUCUGAGCAAAGGGCUGAGUCUUACUCUGAGCCCCCUUUCAAGGAGCCCGCGUCCCUAAGAGGCUCCCAGGCUUCUCCUGGUGGCCUGAAAUCCAUGGGUUUAGAUAAUGUGAACUGCUUAUUUAUGAGGCAUCCAUGCAGCAUGCAUGGCAUAGUGAUCUGGCUGGGCCCAGUGGAUUGAAGAUGUGUAUUUCAGCAAAAUGACAUAUCUGUCUGUGAGACGUCAGUGUUAUGAAGUGACUGGAUCUAGCUAUCUCUCCUGAAUCUUGCACUCAGAGGACUGGUCUUCUGCGUGAAGAACUGCAUUAGGAUGCAGCUGACCUUCAUUCCUUAGUGUGCCUUAGUGUGCAGUUACUGGGCUGAAGUUCUGGUGCUAUCUUGGCUUCCUCUCCAUUGAGUCUUAACAGUGGAGCAGAGUCCCUGCACCAGGAAGGUGUGUGUGCGAACACAGGGACAGCUGAGUAACCUGUAGGGUUGAGUACUGGCUGCUUUGCUAGCCUUUACAUAUUAGGGGAAACCAGAAGCCCAUACUAGCUUUUAGACCUUGAGGAAGUCCCUUAACUUUUCUGAGCCAUAUCUUUCCACUUAACCUCCCAAAUGGUAUGAUGCCUGCCCCACCUACCUCACAGGUUUGUCAUGAGGAUAAGAUGAGAUUAAACAGUUUCAAAGUGCUUUGUGAGUGUUACUGUUACAUGAAUAAGGGGGGAGAUGAAUGUGGGA